UCGUCGCGAGCGGGUGUGUUGAAUUUCACACACUACGACGAAUCCCGUAUACCGUAACCCUCUACGGCGAACUUUAUGUUACGUCACGUUUGAUUUCAGUGAGGUUUUAGUGUUGUGUUUCGAUGAUUUUGUUGCAAUGGUGUGUAAAGAUAAACGUUUUGGGCAUAUGUGCACCGUUUUGCUAUGGUUGUUCACCUGUUUUAACGGACUUUAUGCUGUGAAGAUAGUGAAAGUAGUGGUGCCAGAGAUAAUACAGUACGGAGUGCAGGACGCGGUGAUAUUAGACUGUGAUUAUACCUAUGGGAAUAAUACUUCGGGGUUGGUGGUGAAAUGGUUCUUCAAGAACAAAGCUCGGCCUGUGUACCAGUGGAUAGUGACGCAGAAACCUCAGGACAUGGGGAUACUGAGAGGCCGGGUCGACCUGACGUACAGAGCGUCGAACGACCCAUUAAAAAUGCAUAGGGCUCUGCGUAUAGUGAAACCGAACACGGACAUUUCGGGCGAUUAUACAUGUGUCGUGUCGACCUUUAUGGAGGAGGACUCGAGGACGAAGCAAAUGAUUGUUUUCGUGCCGGAGACGAACUUCCGGCUGAUCCAGAACAAGACUGACGAUGACACGGUCAACGUCAUCUGCGCGGCGGACGGCGCCUUCCCCGCGCCUAACCUCACGCUCGCCACGCCGGAAAGGCGGCUGGAUGGCGUAUCACAUAACCUGAAGCUGGUGAACGGCAGGUACUCUGCUGUGGCGUCCGUCACGCUACAAGAUGCGGAUCUGCCUUCACCUGCGGAGUUCAUUUGCACUUUGCGGAUACCGCUCGCAAAGUAUGCUGUGCGGAAAGAGGCUAUUUACUAUCCAGGACCCAUCAGUACUACUCCUGAAAUGCCGACGGCAGCAGAUAUGCAGCUUGCAGCAGCUGUAGGCUCUAAAGGAGCAAAUUUUUACACUGCACUGACGACGGUUCUGCUGCCCGCUUUAGCUCAACUAUUGGUAUCAUAAUCAUCGAUGGAAAUAUUAGUAUUAAAGAUUUUCAACCCGCAAGAAACAAUCUAUAACUACAUUAUGUGCGUCUAAGUGAUUAAGGUCUCUAGUCAUAUAAUUGUCCAAAGUUACACCAAAAACGUGCGUACUCGAAGAGUGUUCAAAAUAUUUUCUCUCACUCAAAUUUUAGCUUUUAUGUGUAAUACCCGCUAAGACCCGUUAAGAGGAGUUUAUUUGUAGUGCGCUCCAAGCGAACGUAGUUUGGCCAUCAUUUGAAUAGUAACCAAUCAAACUUAAUGAAAUUUUGUAGAUACGUCUAGGAACUAAUAUGUGUGUCUGUAGUUUGCCAAAUUUCCGUUAAAAUAUUACACGUUUUAAAAUUACACGGGCUCAAGGAUAACAAUGCAAUUCUUUAAGCCCCAUACGAAAAAGCUGGGCAGCGCGCUAAGGAAACUUCUCUUAAAAUAAUAUAAUAAUAAAUAAUAUAAAUUUUAGAUAAAUACAAAAUUGUACAGCUCUAUGACGUGAAUUUUCAUUAAAUAUUUUUCUUAA